GUCUGCAUCCUGCUCCGGAGUUCGCUGCAACGGGCGUUGGAGGCCGCAGAGGCCCAAGUGCAGGAAGUGCUCGUGCACUUGCAGGAGCAGGAGGAUACUUCAACGGUCGACACGCAGAUUUUCUACACAAAUUUUCACAUGAUCUCGCCGAGCUUCCGGCCAGCGCUGGCCGUGCUGCUCCGGCACUCGCGGGCCCAACCGCAGUAUGCUGCAACGUUGGACGAGUUGGAGCGCUUCUUUGCGAUGCUGCGGCUACGCCUCGUUGCCGGCGCAGCCGCCGCGCACUGGGCGUCGCUUCGGGAGGCUGCCGGCAACCAACCGGGCUCACUGCCUCAGCUGGCAAGGCAGUCCGUCGCCUACUUGAUGGAUACCUCAUCACGAGAGCAGCGCUGCUUCGAGGCUUUCUUCACACCGCGUGCAACGCAGGAGGCACUUGAGGGCAUCUUCGCCCACCUCGGCACAUUGUUCCAGGAGGCUAUGCAGCCUGCCUGCGCGGCCUCAAGUUGGGUUGAUCUCGCAGCCACGGCUGAAGUGCUGAAGGCUGAAUUGGCCGAGCAGCGAGAGGCCUUGGCAUCGCGGACGCCUGUGCGCUCUUCGCUGGCAUCACUGCUGGGUGCCUCGCGAAGGCGUCUCUUUGCAGAGGCGCGAAGGGUGCUGCUGUCUGCCGACCUCAGCGACGACCUGUCAGAGUUCCAGUACCCUGAGGCAGUGUUCCAGGCCGCUGCGCGGCAGCCGAAGUCUCUGUCGCGACCGCUUGCGCUGCUUUCGGCCUCGUAUCAGGUGCUCGAGGUCUCGGACUUCGAAGCUCUGCUGGACAUCGUUGCAUCCAGCAGCCCUCUUUGGCUCCGCGGCACUGCAGAGAACAUCGGCAAGCGCGGCGCAGCGAGCGCCGGCUUCCACGGCCGCUUCUUCCUCCUCCGGAACCUCCUGGCGCUCCAGGAGCAGCUCGCCGCUUUUGAAGACGAUUCGCGAGUCCUGGGUGUUGGAGAGGCAGCGUUCCGUCGGGAGGACGAGUUCAGCUUGGCGCUGGAGAGGCAGAGUGCCUCGCAGCUCCGUCGCGGCCGCGGCCGCCGGGGCGCCGCGCUGCAGAGGCUGCUCGAGGAGGCCCCUUGGGAUCCCCUUGGGGGCACGGCCCGCCGGGCCGAAGCCGUGAGGAACACCACCACCUUCCCGACUGCACCAGUUCAGCAUCACCUGCCUCCGUUCGGCACCGACGUCUCUGGCCCGAAGGCCACGAACAAGUUCUGGGCCAACUGGGUGGUGGAAGAAGGACGUGGCCUGGCCAUCCACCCGAUGCCGUACGUCUUGCAGUUCGAAUCGCAGCCGGGAGAGGCACCCAACCUCAAGGUCUCUCGUAGCCAGUCUCCGCACAUCACCUAUGGAGAUUCUGAUUCUAAUGGCCGAGACAAGAUCCGCUAUUACUUUUCUCCCGUGAUCAACGAGUUCGGGCUGGGAGCCAUCGAAAACGCCGGCCAGGAGGGCCCUGUCAUCGUGAAAGAGGGCCUCUUCGGCAUCCACGUGGAGCUUCGGGGCCCGUCUGGGACGUCUCGGAAGAUGACCUUCCCCAUCUACAGUGGCAUGGCCUACGUGUCGGCCUUUUACGAGGGCGGCUUCACGCCCAAGAUCACCUCGCAAAGGGCCCUCCUCGGAGUCGAUCCGAUCCAGGAUGGUGUCUGGCGCCUGACAAACAACGGUGGCCGUGAGUUUCGCCUCUAUGCCAUUCUGUCAUCUGGUGAGUUUGCAGAUGGAACCUACCAGUUCAACAGUCAGGGUGAGAUGAACAAGCCUUUCGACGGAUGGCUGCGCCUGGCAGAGGUCCAGGUGGCCGGCGACGUUGAAGUGCUUGACCAGCAUGCUGGAGCCUGCUUCCCCGAGUCCAGAGUCCAGAGCGGAUAG